GCUUCCUCGCACUGGUCUAUCGCUGACCGUCACAACAUGUGCGAUUCCCCUCCCUCCACAAAAAUUACUUCCGGCGCACCUGUGACCAAAGAUGAAUCCGACGAACCCGCACUACCUCCUGUCGUUCCACGACGCCCUUUCCCCCCGAAUUCCAGUCCUUGGCGGUCCGUUGGGGACGUUUCAGCCAGUUCACUACGAUCUCUUCCCUCCACAUCCUCCUCGCCUUCUAUGGAACGUGCUGAUAAUUUGCAUUUCACUCUUCCGCGACCAUCCCGCCCCCAUCGUUUGGUACCCGUUUCUGUCAGUAGUCCCCAGAUUUGUGCGGUGUGUGAAGAUUACAUCGUCACUCCUCGUUGCAGUGCUUACUACUGCUCCCGAUGCCAGAUCCUUCUACACUUCACUUGUUCUCGGUUGGUUGCUCGCACAGGACGUCCCUCAUGCACACGAUCCGAUGCUUCACCUUGUCAUUCGCGGCCUGAACCCACAAUCCCAAUGGAUCCGGAUUUGACAGACACGCCAGCUUCACUGUCGGCUAUUUCCACCGCAAUGCAACCCUUGUCGGAAUGGAACCGCUUCCAGGUUGCCUAUUGGCUCACGGUUUUCGGCCUUGGCCGAUUUGUGAUAUUGUUUCUCAAGCGACGUGUUACUGGCCAUCUUCUGCUCCAACUGGCUCCAUACUCACCCGAACUGGAUCAAGUUGUCGACCCUUUUGCAAGGCAGGCACUGCGCAGAGCAAUCAUGGUUCUUGCCGGUCUUCAGCCAUGCGCCGGUGACGACGACUCUGCAACGAAUGUGCCAGAUGUGACGAGCCGAAGCGUCGAAACAACAGCAACUAACGAAGAGCACGACUUAAAGAUUUGCUCCUUUCUUCAAGAAGUUGCCUGUGCAGUGUGCAGGUUACCGCUGCUGGGCCUGUCUCGACAGGGGUUUCAAUGCUCCUCCUGCGGAAUGAUCUUCCAUCGUGUUUGCAAGGUCCGAGUACCUCUCCCUACAUGUUUAAAAUGUUUGCCUCCAACUCACUUUGCUGUCUCAAUGAACUCAACUGAAGUGGAUACCUUGGACUACGAUCAUCUUCCUGUGCGGCUGGCGCCGUAUAUUAGCUGCUACUUCGGCGCGGCGCUAAACAAGCAGCCCCUCGAUACACACUGCGGUGUCCCUUCCUUUUUACUAACUUGCACGCGUGCCAUAGAGCGCCUGGCCACCGAAAGCAUUUCACCCUCUUCCAACACUAGCGAUCCGAUCGACCUCGUGUCUGCGUACCAGCAAUCCGCUUCGACCUCGACACUUAUCGACCUGCACACAACGUAUUCGAACAGACUCCCUACCGACGAUCCUUACCUUGACAUCGAUGUGGUUCGGCUCACCCAACUGAUGAAGGCGUUUCUCCGCGAUCUACCGACCCCGGUUAUACCAGAGAACAACUAUCAGGCAUUUUGUCAGUUGGCGUCUUUGGACCAAAUUGGUGAUGAGCUGCACAUAUCCGUACGGACGUUCCUAUCCAACCUUCCUGAGCAGCAUCGCAACUGUCUACUUCACGUGAUGCGCCAUUUCGAUUUUAUCUGGUCUCACCAAAUGAAGUUGGAAGGCUUCACAAGUCAAGACGAUUUUCAUUCAUCCUUCACUACCAACAGCCACACCAACCCACAACUCCCUAGGUCUUGUCAGCCCAUCAGCUGGCUCCUCGUGUUCCGUCAGAUCCUCAUACGUCCACCUUGGGCACAACUGCUCGAUUUGACCACAUCGUUGGACGUUCAUUUGCGCGCGUUGAACGUUCUUUUUCUUUCCACAUCUACUCAACCGUUAGAUCGACGCCUCAGUGUUCUACACAUUGGCCCAGUGAUGUCGCGUCCACCUGUCCGGCCACCAGCCGACAAAGCGACAGAUACUGCGCUGACGGACUCCGUUGCACAGCACCCCGAUUCAGACGCCUACAGGGUCGACAUCGUAUCAGUCCCUGCUCCGUCGUCCACCUCCGUCUCCGCAGUAUCGUACCCGUCCAGGGACACACCACCUAGCCCGGCUUCACAGGCGGAAAAUAUGCGUGAUUUGCGCACGCGUGACUGGUACUGGGCUGAUGUGACCCAAGCAGAAGUGUGUGAUAUUAUGGCGGGGUUGGCAGACGGUUUUUUCCUCGUUCGUGAUGCAUCAGAGUCCUCGGCUGGAGCAUUCACUUUGGUUAUCAGACUCCGAGGUGAGAACAAACUUUAUCGCAUAUACCACCGUGGGGACUACUUCGGAGUAGUCGAUCCUCCACCGCCCAUUUUCCGUCUGGUGUCCAGCCUUAUCGACUACUAUCGGUCACACACCAUUUUGGCACACGAAACCGUACUACUUCGGCCCACGUCUCGUCUACACUACCGAUUCUCCAGUGCGUCUCACGUGUCCACACCUCCAGUACCAGUGAAGACUUCUCUAGCCGUUUCUUCCACUGUUACCACUAGCUUGCGUCAAUCAGCGUCGACCUCCUGCUUGAAUGCCGACGUGUCUGCUUCUCAUCUAUCGAAAGAGCGCUUGCUUGCCGAGCUCACUCGAACGGACUUCGAUUUGGGACAAUGUGAUUCACGCAUAAGGGAGUUGGUCGCGCUCGGCCGGACCACCAUACAGAGUAAAGAAGAGGCUGCCAAAUUGACCAAAGGUAAUCAGAAACUGCAAGUAUGGCUCCAGCAGCAGAAAGCUCGGCUGAGUGAAUAUGCUGUGAUGAAGGAAAGCCUUGCACCUCAUCAACAUUUAGUGGAGGAACGGCUACGCGACGCGGCUCGACAAAUCACUGAAAGCAAUGCAUUAUUCGCCUCCAGCAGCAUCAAGUAUCAGGACAUCCUGACGGAGCAAGUUCAGAUCUACGCACGGCAACGUAAGCUGAAACGUAAAUGUCAGGAAAUUCGCCACGCGCUCAAGGAUCAAGGCGUUCCACAGGAACUGUUUCCAGGUGGUGGAGAUACUGCUUCGCUCGCUCCCACUUCCCGCGUCAGUGAUACAACAGACCAUGUGACGGACCCUCGGCACACAUCGACUUCCCCUAUGCAGUCUGAUUCCUUUCCUAGUCAUCUCUCCAUGGUAGGCGCGGAAUAUGAUAACGCUGUGUCUCCUGACUUGAACCUUAUUAUCAAUCGGGAUAACUGGUUCGUCACAGACAUAUCACGUGAUCGCGCAGAAGAGAUACUGAACCCUAAACCACCCGGAACCUUCCUCAUCCGUGCUUCCUCCGAAGAACAAAAGCUGGCACUCAGUGUCCGGCUAUCAGAUUGCGUUCGGCAUUGUCUCAUUCACCAAUCGGAGGGCCGGUAUGGGUUUGUACCGCAGUCCUGUGGCUUUGACAGCCUUGAAGCACUCGUUUGCUAUUAUCAUGUGAAUAGCUUGAAACAACACAAUCCCCUUCUGACAAUCACUCUACGUUACCCUGCCUUCUCACCUGUGAUCCAACCCUAACGCCUUCUAUAUUUUCGUUUGUUCUUCAUCCAUUUCCCCCAGUUUUGCUCUCCAGUUGCAGUGGACGAAAUUCAAACAGUUCUUUCUCUUUAUGCAUCGUGCCCUUCCAUUGCGCCAAUCGUCUUCCCGGUCCUCCGCGCCAUUGCUCUGCUCUUACAAACUUUUAAUCAUUUGCCUUUGAUAACCAGUCGCUAUACUGGCUUUGUUGCUUUUACAUGAAGUAUUCCCGUUAUUUUUUCUUGAAAGUGACACAUUGGGCUUUCACAGUAACUUCUCGUGCUUCUCCCCCUGACAUUUUUUCGCUCUGACAGAUGUAGUUCACUUUUGAAGUUGCUAUGCACUGUGAAGAAGUCUUCUUUCGAUGGUUCUGACCAGACAGUUGCAUCAUCAAAAGAUGUCUUCGCGCCUUUGGACUAUUGUCUUUCCUUGGGAAUAACUUCUGUACUUAUCCCGUGGUCUUUCAACUAUGGUACAGAUGACUUCCAAUC